UAAAUUGGAAGGUGAAACCUGAUAGAACGCUUGCAAGCCACGAAGAGAAGAGGAGGAGGAGGAGGAGAUGAAGAAGAGAGGAAGACGGGGGGAAGAGAGAAUGAAAUUUUCGCAGCAAUAUUCCCAUUCCAUCAUCCCUUAUCCACCUCUACGUCUCUAAACCCUCCUCUUCGAUUGCCUCUCUAUCCCCCGACAAAUGCCUCCAUUCCUCCUCCUUCUCUCCCUCCUUAUUGGCUUCGAUGUCUUCCUGGCCGCGCCGGCGUCCACCGAACCCCGCUCCGCCUCCCUCCGCAUCCCUCUCCACCGCCGCCCGCCGCCCCUUGCCGCCGUGACCCGCCUCGACUACGUCAGGGACCUCGUCAAGAGCGACCACCUCCGGCAGCGGAUGAUCGCCGGCACCAUCGGGCGCCGCCGCCACCGGCAGCCGCGGAGGGCUUGCGAGAACGCCACCUCGGCGGCGGACUCCUUCGCAAUGCCGCUGUCCUCCGGCGCGUACACCCACACGGGGCAGUACUUCGUCCGUUUCCGGCUCGGCACGCCGGCGCAGAGAUUCGUGCUGGUCGCCGACACCGGCAGCGACCUCACGUGGGUCAAGUGCCGCUUCGGCCCGCGCAAAUGCCGGCGCUGCGGCGGCGGGCGAGUUUUCCUCCCGGAGAAGUCCGUGUCGUUUGAUCCGAUCCGGUGCUCGUCGGCCAUGUGCAAGACCUCCCUCCCCUUCUCGCUCACCACGUGCCCUUCCCCGGCGAGCCCCUGCGCUUACGAUUACGGGUACUCGGACGGAUCGACGGCGCAGGGCAUCUUCGCGAAUGAAUCGGCGACGGUGAUGCUAUCCAACGGCCAGAAGGCGAAGCUGAAGGGACUGGUCAUCGGGUGCACGUCCUCGUUCGCCGGAUCGAGCUUCCGCUCGUCGGACGGCGUGUUGGGGCUGGGGCACAGCGGUAUCUCGUUUGCGUCGCGGGCCGCCGCACCGUUCGGCGGGAAGUUCUCUUAUUGCCUGGUCGACCACCUUAGCCCCAAGAAUGUCUCGAGCUAUCUCACCUUCGGCCCCAACGGCGCUCUCGUCCCCUACGCGGCGCGCCAAACCGAGCUCCUCAUGGAGCCGUGGCUCGAGCCGUACUACUCCGUCAGGGUCUCCGGCAUCUCCGUCGACGGCGAGGCGCUAAAGAUCCCGAUGACCGUCUGGGACGUCGAGAAAGGGGGAGGGGCGAUACUGGACUCCGGCACGAGCUUGACGGUGCUAGCCAAGCCGGCCUACGAGGCCGUGGUGUCGGCUCUAAGCCGGCGGCUCGCAGGGGUGCCGAGGGUGGGCGUGGAGCAGUUCGAGUACUGUUACAAUUGGACGGCUGCCAUCCCGGAAAUGCCGGUGCCCAAGUUGGUGGUCCAUUUCCACGGCUCGGCUCGGCUCGAGCCGCCGGCUAAGAGCUACGUGAUCGACGUGGCAGACGGCGUGAAGUGCAUCGGCUUCACGCCGGCGCCGUGGCCAGGCGUUUCCACGAUAGGGAAUAUCCUUCAGCAGGAGCACCUGUGGGAGUUCGAUAUAAAGAAUCGACGGCUGAGAUUUCAACGAUCCACGUGCGCUCCCUAUUGAUCAGAUGGAAAUCAGCUUCCUCCUCCCCCUGUGGAUUUAAAUUUCCUGUCCUCUUUGUCGACAUAAAUUACGUAUGUGUGAUGUAUCAAUAAGAUGGGAUGUAGAGAUUAGUUUGUGAUUGUGAAUGAUUAGGCGUGGGGUCUACGAUUAGGCUCUCAGGAGACAAUCUGCUGUGGUAUAAACCGCCCGUGAUCUGAUAAGGAUGGGCGCACCGAAAGGCAUGUGUUGUAAUGGUGAUCCACAGUUGAAGGCAAGCAUGUCUUAAACAUCUAUAAACAUCUAAGACCAUGGGAGCUUUUGUUUU